AUGCAGAGAGGCUCUGCUCUUCCUGGCGGGCUCCCGGGGAGCGACGCUCCCGGGGGCCCCAGAAAUGAAGGAGAGACAGCCGACGAUGGGGGCAGCAGCAGCUGCAGCAGCUGCUGCAGCAGGAAUUGCACAUGCAGGGGUAUUCAGAGCAGCAGGACCGAUGCUAGCAGCAGUAGCAAUUGUAGUAACAGCAGCAGCUGCGACGACAACAGCAGCAGCAGCAACAGCAGCAGCAGCAGCAACUCCGCCAGUAGCAACAGCUGUGGGAGCAGCAGCAGCAGCAGUACCAGCAGCACCAGCAGUUGUGGCAGCAGACACAGCAUCAGCUGUGACUGCAGCAGCAGCAACUCCAGUGUCAACACAUCCGCUGCUGAUGCACGACAGCAACACAAAACUCCUGCAGCAGCGGCGGUGAAUCCCCGCUGCUGCGUCUCUGCUGCCUCAGCAGCAGCAGCAGCAACUUUCGCGCGCAGCAGCAGCUGCAUCAGCGGCAGCAGCGAAGGUGGUGGAUCAGAUGCGAGUGAGAACCUCAUAUGGAGACCCAACGACAGCAACAGCAGCAGCAAUACCAACAGCAGCAGCAGCAGCAACAGCAGCAGCAGCAGCAGCAGCAGCAGCAACAGCAGCGAAAUGUUCAGUGACUUCGACUGGAGGCCCCAGUCGCAGGAUGCUGCAGCAGAUGGUUGUGCUGCUGCUUCUUCAGACCCAGGGGUGUGUUGCCUCUCUAACAGCAGCAGCGGAUGCAGCAGAAGCAGCAGCAGCAGCAACAUGAGCUGCUGUUUCCGCAGCAGCGACAGCAAGCACGACGGCAACAGCAGCAGAGGAGAGAAGACGAUGCACGAGUGUGUGGGCAGCAACGACGACAGCAGCAGCAGUGACAGCAGCAGCAGCAGCAGCAGCAGCAGCAGCAGCGGUGAUAGCAGCAGCAACGAUAGCAGCAGCAGUAGUAGUAGUAGAACCAGCAGCAGCAGCAGCAGCAGCAGCACAUGCAACAGCGACAACAGCUGCAGCAGCAAAGCUGAUGAUGAUGAAAGCCCCCCUGUCCGCUUGUCUUCGCUGCAGCGCCGCUGCAGCGGCUGCAGAGCAGCAGUGAACGCAGAGGUGCUGCUGAGGAGUGCAACAGAAUCCUGGCCCCGCAGCAGCAGCAAAGGCAACAGCAGCAGCAGCAGCAGCAUCGGUCUGGGUGGUGUGAGGAGGGGCCCUUCAGCACACAGAGCAGCAGCAACACCCUUCACAGCAGCAGCAGAAGAGGAAGCAGAAGACUUGGCCCGCAUGCAGGUGGCUUCGUUGCUGCGUGUUAGAGACGAACUUAUUGAACUAGGGGGGAAGCAGUUCAUUCACUGUGCUGCUUCUAGCCAGUUGCUGCGGCUGCUGCGGCCUUUGCUGCUGUCUGUAAAGCCAGCUGUACGCGUUGCUGCGCUGCUGCUGCUGCGGCAGCUGCUGGUUUCCAAUAGGCAGCUGCUGCAGCUGCGUCGAUUGUGCAUCCCCCAGUUGCUGGCAGCAGGUCCGCUGCUGCCGCCGAAGCAGCAGCGACAAGCAGCAGCACAGCAGCAGACGCAACAACAGCAGCAGCAGCAGCAAGAAGAUAGGGAAUGGGCUGACUUGGAGCGAGCUGUUGCGCUGCAGCUGCUGCUGCGGUGGGGGAUGCUGCUGACGGGGGGCUGGGGCAGAGUACCCCCGCCCACAUGUCUUGUUGCUGCAGCGACGAACCUUGCUGCUGCUGCAGUUGAAGCAGCAGCAGCAGCAGCACCAGGGGGCGGCCUCUUGCCGGAGCCCCGAGGCCCUCACGAGGGAACAACAGGGGUUGAGCUGCUGCAGCAGCAGGAGCAGCAGGCGUUGCUGCGGCUGCGGCUGUGGCAUGCAGGGCAGCCGCAGCCUCGUUUCCAGCACAAGCAGCAGCAGCAGCAGCAGCAGCAGCAGCAGCAGCAGCAUUUCUGGCCGAGCUCAAAGACGAUUCGCAGCGACAUUUCCUUAGGAAGCUCUUUGUGGCAGCAGCAGCAGCAGCGCCAGCAGGAUCAGCAGCAUCUGCGGCAGCAGUGGAUGGCUUGCUGCGUCUCUGUGCUGCUGAAGUUUGCUGCUGUUGUCCCUGCUGUUGCGUUGCUGCGCCGCGGAGCCUUCGGCGUGCUGCUGCAUGCAGCAGCAGAAGCAGGCUUAUGCCGCUCUCAUCCUUUGCUGGCGCCGUCUCUUUUCAGGUACCUCUGGAGCUGCUCGGCUUCGGUGUACAGCAACGCAGCAGCAGCAGCAGCCGCAGCAGCCGCAGCAGCAGCAGCAGCAGCAGCAGCAAGAGCAGCAGCAACAACUUGUGCAGCUGCCGAGACAGCUGCAGAACCGCGACCAGGAAAGGCAGCUAGGAGGUCCGCGAGCAACAACCGCUCUGGACGCAGUUGCAGCAACAGACGCAAGAACAACAGAAACAGCAGCAGCAGCAGCAGCAGCAGCAGCAGCCUGGAUUGGCCUUUGCUGGCGUUUCAGCUCAGUUCUCUCCCUCGCUUCAUCUGCUUCGAUGCUGCUGCGACUCAGUGGGGGCCUUCAGGUGCUCCCCGUGCAGCUUUCUCGCGUAUAUCUUCAGCAGCAGCUGGCAAGGCUGCCAGCAGCAGCAGCAGCAGCAGCAUCAGCAGCAACACCAGCAGCAGCAACCCUACGAUCGCGGGCUAUCCUGAGAGCUUCUUCCAGCAGCAGCAGCAGCAGCAGCAGCAGCAACACCGACUGCCGGUGCAACCCUCAGAUGCGCUCGGCCCCUAUCUUUCUCUAGGGUCUCUGUUACCGAGCCCCAUACCUGCAGCUAGCAGCAGCUGCAGCAGCACUGCCACUGCUGCUGCUAGCUCAUCCAGGGCACCACUGUCUGCACAGCAGCAGCAGCAGAGGACAGCAGCACAUACGUUGAUUGUUCUGCUGCAGCCGAUCUCGGGGUUGCUGCUGCUGUGCAGCAAGCCGCAACCCCUACUACAGCUGCUGCAGCUGCUGCUGCUGCCAGAGACCCCGCAAGAGUUCCGCUGCUUUUUGCUUAAGUUUUUACACUGUCUUUUGUCUCUGGCUCUUGGGUUUGGGGGACGCCGACUUGCUGCUGAUGACUGCAGGCAGCUGCUUGAAGCACAGGCACUGCAGCAGCAGCAAGAGCAGCAGCAGCAGCAGGACGACAGGCGCCCUUUCUGCUGCGAUGGAGUUGAAGUUGCAAGGGCUCGACUUUUGCUGCUGCUGCUGCUGCGGUGGCACUUUCACGGCGUGUUGCUGGGGUUGUUGGAAGGCAGCAGCAACAGUAGCAGCAGCAGCAGCAGCAGCAGCAGCAAUCCGUACGCUGCAGCCGAUGAUUCCAGUGUAUGUGGAGGCUUGCUGCUGCGGGGCAACGACUCCUUCACCACUCUCGGGUCCCUCUGGACGCAAGGUGACCCUUUUCUUGCUUGGGGUGUUUCUGCAGCAAUAUCUAGGCAGCAGCAGGUGCCGCUGCAUGCGAGUUCGUUGGUAUCUCUGGUGCUGCAGCAGCAGCGGCAGCACCGCUGCUCAAGGGAACGCAUACAGCAGCAGCAGCAGCAGCAGCAGCCCCCGCUCCUGCAGCAGGAAGCCGCCCAGCUGCUCUUUGUGCUGCUGUUUGCUGCUGCAGCACUGCUGCCGCUGCCCUAUAUAAGAGAAGCCCACAGAGCCAUCGAGGGGCCCGGGGAGCGGCCCCAUAGUGAAGCUGCUGGGGGCACAGGCUGUCACUCAAGUAUAAACAAAAACCCACUAGAAGUUUUCUGCGAGGGCUCCGCAGCAGCAGCAGCAGCUGCUGCUGCUGCAGCAACUGCUGCUGCUGCUGCAGCAACGACAGAAGCAGCAGAAGAGCGGCAGCCAGCCUCAAACGGUGCAGAUGCGCAGCAGCAACCACGACAACACUCGGUGGAAGGCCGCAGCAGCAACGACCUGAGAGUAAACAGCAACUCCAGCAGCAGCAGCAGCAGCAGUAUCGACAGUGGAGACGACUGCAGCAGCAGCAGCAGCAGCAGCAGCGGCAGUAGUAACGGCAGCAGCAGCGGCAGCAGCAGCGGCAGCAGCCGUUGGCGCGGCAUUUCUCUCUUUAACGAUGUCUUGUCACUGGCUAGUGCUUUGCUGCCAGCAUCUUUCUUCAGCAGCAAAAGCAGCGCAGCAGCAGCAACUCAGCAGCAGGAGGACCUGGUGGAGAUACUGGGGGACUCCCCUUUCAGGUGUAUGGACACCCCGUGCCCCCUGCUGUAUCAGGCGUCUAGCGGCCUGGGUUCCUUUGCAACAGCUUUUGCAGCGGAAGAGCGGCUUCGCCAGUUGAACAUGCAGCUUCGGGUGUCUAUGCACCUCCCAGCCGGCCUCCACCAGCGCAGCUCUGUUAACUGCAGUGGGGGGGGGGGCCCCCAAGGGGGCCCCCCAGCCCAAGAGAGCAUCGAUGAGCAGCUGGAGGCCACUGGUGUCCUUAAUGAGGCGAAGGAAUGUGACCAGUGGCAGUGGCCGCAAGUGCUGCGGCAGCUGCUGCGGGGCCUCGGGGGCCUCGGUGUGUUGCUGCAGAAGGACCCAGUGGAGGCCUCGUGGAGGGCCCCCCGGCGUUUCCUAGAGCGCUGUGUCUCCUCUCUCUCGCCCUCUUCUUCAUGCUUAAUGUCUCUGCUGCGGGGCCCCCAGGGCCUAUACUUGCCUGCUGCUGCUCACGCCCUUGCUGCGCUGCUGCUGCUGCUCUUACCCCAUCUGCAGCAGCAGCGCGUCGCUGGUGUGCAGCUUCCUACUUCCGUCUCCGCUGUAGCAGCAGCAGCAGCAGCAACAACUGCAACAGCAGCAGCAGUCACAGCCGUAGCAACUACUGCAGCAGCAGCGACAGCUGUAGCAGCAAGAGCAACAACACCAACAACAGCAGAAGCAACAACAGCAGCAUCAGCAAUAGAAACGGAAACAACUCCAGCAGCAACAAAAGCAGAAACAACAGCAACAGAGGCAGGACCAACAGCAACAGCAGCAGCAGCAGCAGCAGCAGCAGCAGCAGAAGCUUCUGACCGGGGGCUGCGAGACCUCUUCGGCCUGAGAAGGCUGCUGAAGGAGAUUGGGGACUUGCUGCUGCAGAUUGCAUGCACCAGCCGCAGAGGCAGCUGCUACACAGAAGCAGACGGAGAUAGAUUUAUUACAUCUGCUUAUUCAGUGGGCUGCUGCAGCACGGAAGCACCGAGCUGCUUCUGCUGCAGCAGCAGCCGAGGUGCAUGCAUCAGCAGGUCUAGUCUCGCCAGCAGCACAAUAUGGAGCAACGGCAGCAGCAGCAGCAGCAGCGUCGGUACAGCAGGUGCUGCUGAAGACCCAGGAACGUGGCUCUUUCAUCUUAACAGCAAACGGCAGCAGCAGCAGCUGCAUGCAGGCCUGCAGCACAGGUCUCUGUUUGCGGUGUAUGGGCAGCUCUUAGGUGUUCUAAGCCGCCGGGCUGCAGGCGUGCAGCUGCUGCAGCAGGAAGGACUGCUGGCGUUGCUGCUGCUGCUGGUAGGAGUAGGGUCUUCUGCUUCUGCUGCAGCACUUGCUGCUAUUGUCCCUCUCCUGUCUCUGCAGUUUGCUGCUACGAGAGGAGUUGCUGCUGAAGCGCUGCAGCACGGGGCCCCUGACCUGCAGCUAGCUAUCCUAGCCCAUUGGAGCUGUCAGUGCUGCUGCAGCAGAAGCAUGCAGCAGCAGCAGCAGGAAGUGGAGGAGCAGCAGCAAGAGCAGGCACAGACACCGGAAUGGGUCUGGCAGCUGCAGCUGCUGGUGCAGCUGCAGCAGAAAGACAGCCUCGAUGGCUUUUUGCCUGUCGGGGUGUCUCAGCAGGUGCUGCUGCUGCAGCAUCAGCUGCUGCAGCGGCAUGGAGCAGCAGCAGCAGAGUGCGUUCUGCAGCAGUUGGAUAAGAAGGGCCCAGAUGCCCUCAGCAGGGCCCCGGGGCCCCUGAAGCUGCAGCUGCUGCGCUGCAGUGAGGGGCUGCGGCUGCUGGCGGUUGAUGGGUGGCUGCAGCAGCAGCUGCAGUGGCAGUCUGUGCUGCUGUGGGGGGACACAACGGUGGCAGCAGGAGCAGCAGCAGUUCCGCAGAUCGAGCAGCAAAGAGCUGAGCAGCAGCAGCAGCAGCAGCCGGUGCUGCUGCAGCAGCUGUUGGGGGGAGGCCUGGCGAGAGUGUUCCGCAGCGUUGCUGAUGAGCCGUUGAAAGACAAUCGUGUGUGGCCUGCGGAGUCUGCAGCAGCAGCAGACUCGCUGUGGGCAGCAGCAGGUCACCCGCAUCCAGCAGCAGCAGCAGCAGCAGCAGCAGCAGCAAGGGGCCCUGCUGCUGCUCUAGUCAUCUGCAGCCCCCAUGACUGGAGAGGCGCACGGUCUGCUGCAGCAGCAGCAGCAACAGCAGCUGCGCAGCUGCCGUGGUUGUCUCCAAGCGUCGACAGCAGCAGCACGCCGUUCACGCUUUCUGGAGACGCCUGCAGCGCCGGUAGAAGCUGCAGCAGCAGCAGCAGCAGCAGCAGCAGCAGCAGCAGCAGCAGCAGCAGCAGCAGCAGCAGCAAUCGCUGCUACUAUGCAUGCAGCAAAGAGUGGGGCUGGCUUCCAUCGGUGCCAUGGGAGAUUUUGCUGCAGGUGGUGGACUUUGGGGCGCAGCAGCAGCAGCAGCAGCAGCGUCGCAUAUCUGCAGCACCUGCAGCAGCUCAGCAGCACCUCAAGCAUCAGCUAAUGCUGCAGCAUGAAGAUGCAGCAGGGCCCAUUGUGCUGCAAGAGGUUUCCCUUUCUGCUGUCCCCUCCCGCUGCGUAGGAGACUGGGUAUCGAAUACGUUCUAUACUCAUCACUGCCAGCACCUGCAGCAGCAGCAGCAGCAGCAGCAGCAGCAGCAGCAACAGCAGCAGCAACGGCAGCAGCAAGACAGGGAGAUUUGUAGCUCUGCAGAUGCUUCUAUGUGUGAGCACCGUGCGGCUGCAGCAGCUAUGGAGACGGCAGCAGCAGCAGCAGCAGCAGCAGCAGCAGUAGCCAGCAGCAGCUGCGCCCUGAGUGCUGUCCCUGGCCUCCCCCCUGCCCUUUGCAGUGUUAUUGAUGGGGGUUGUCUCGCAACCAACUGGGUUUUAUCUUCUGUCUGCAACGUGCCUCUCUUCCGCCGUCCCCAAGAGCCGCUGCAUGCAGCAGGUCCGGAGGAGGCAGCAGCAGGCUCAGGCCAUCCCGAAGCAGCAGCAGCAGCAGCAGCAGCAGCUGCUGCUGCUGAAGCAGCUGCUGCAGCAGCAGAGGCAGCGAAAAAAGAAGCCGAUGUGGGGGAUGUAUCUGCUGGCGUGUUCGAGGCCUUGAAGAUGUGGGGGGGGGCCCCCGCUCCUGCUGAGGGGGGCCCCCCCCUGGGCCACAGCAGACAGACAGAUAUAGGGCUGCGGGCGGUAGUGCGAGUGAGGGGGCUUGCAGCGGGGCCCCAGGGUCACUUGGUGGGGCCCCCCUUCAAAGCAGCAUUUGCAGGGCUGAGGUGGUCUGCUGAUGGAGACAAUCUGAUGCAGCAGCUGCAGCAGCAGCACGAGAGGAGACUGUUCCGCCGCUGCUACCUUCGGGGGGCCGGGGGCCCCCUGUCGCAGUCUAAGGAGCAGCGGGGGGCCCCUGCUGUACCCCAGCAGCAAGAAAAACAUGGUGGGGAUGGGGGCCCCCCAGAACACGCAUGCAGGUACCCUGAUCAAGAAGAGGAGGAAGUUUGUCUUCCUGUGUAUUUGCAGCGGGGGCCCUAUCGCUGGACCCUUUGCUGCCACCUCAUGCCCCUACAGCAGCAGCAGCAGCAGCAGCAGCAGCAGCAGCAGCAACAGCAGCAGCAGCAAGGCAAACCCCCUGCCCGUGCCCCUCUCUCUUUCGUUCACUUAGUAGCUGUGGGGGCCCACAUUCAUCUGCUGCAGCAAACACCCAAACCCGUGGGGCCCCCCGCCUCUGUUGCAACAGCGCUGGCGCGCACAGCAGAAGGCCGUUCUAUUUUACGAGGAGACCCAGUUUUCUUGCCUGGUCUGUGGAAGGCGCUGUCUAGGCCCACAGAAGUUCGUAAGCAAUGCUCUGCAGCAGCAGCAGCAGCAGCUGCUGCUGCUGCUGCUGCUGCAACUUGGCUUGCUGUUCAAAUGGCAGUUGGGGGCCCCUUCAGCCAGACCUCGAGCUACCCGUGGGGCCCCUUAGGGUACCGGCGAGCGGGGGCCCCUCUCAGGAUUCCGAUGCUACCGGCAGCAGCAGCAACAGCAGCAACAGCAGCAACAGCAGCAGCAGCAGCAGCAACAGCGAAGUGGAUUCUGAUAGCAUGGACAGGGAUGCUGAAGAUGCGGCGCUCGCGGCAGACCUGUCUCGAGCCAAAGUCAUAUGGGGCCCACCUCUGCACGACAGCUCUGCUGCUGAGGGGGCCAGGGGCCCCUCUAGGCCGAGGGACACUUCAAGGCGCAGGGGCCCCCAAAGGCACAGGGGCCCCCGCUACAGAGCAAGAAGAAAUGCCGAGUGCCAUAGAAAAAGAGAUGUGGGGGGCCCUGGGGCCCCCCAGAGAGUGGGAGGGUUGGUCCGUAGCGUCUCUGUCUAGCAGCAGUGAAGGAGACAGCAGCAGCUCGUGCUGCUCACCAGAGACAGACGAGGAAGCGUUUGAUAUACCCAGCAACGCCCCAGCAGCAGCAGCAGAAACAGCAGCAGCAGCAGCAGCAGCAGCAGCAGCAAAGCGCAAGCAGCAUAAGAGGGGACCGCCGCCUGCAGACCUUCAAGUGGUGCAGCAGCCUCUUUCGGAAGACAGCGAUGAUGCACCGGAAGCAGAGCAGCAGCAGCAGCAGCAGCAACAGCAGCUGCAGCUGCAGCAGCAGCAGCAGCAGCAGCAGCAGCAGCAUAAGCAGCAGGAACGACGGAGAGCACUGUCCCUUCCAACUGCUCUACAGCUGGCUGUACUACGGAACACCGUUGCCGUCAAGAAUGAGGGGACAGUCGCUUCUCUACGAAGGAUGCGCAACGAGAUGCCUGCAGCCUUUCUCUCCGUAGAACUGUGGUAUAGAACGCAGCUCCUCAACGACGCCCUCCCUGCCUCUCCAGACAUCCUGCACUUUUGCCGGUUUCUCUUUUCGGAUACUCUGAGGUCGUUGGAAGCCCUUUCAUACCUUGAGAAGAUAGCAGCAGUUGCAGCGGCGCGAAGGCGCCGCCACAUGCAGCAGCAACGGCAGCAGCAACAGCAGCAGCAGCAGCAGCAACAGCAGCAGCAGCAGCAGCAGCAGCAGCAGCAACAGCAGCAGCAACAGCAGCAGCAGCAGCAGCAGCAGCAGCAACAGCAGCAGCAACAGCAGCAGCAACAGCAGCAGCAAUGA